AUGGAUCUAGGAGAUGAGAAUUCACUCACAGAAGCUUCAGGAAUCAUAGACCUUGAUCCUAACUUCGGAUCCCAGUGCCGCCCCCACUCCUGCACCUGGCCCCUUCUCCGACUAGACCUUGCCACCGAGCCACCUGAGCUACCAGAGGUGGGAUCCGUUCUGAGAGACAAAGUACACGAGGAGAGGCGCUCGGACCACAUCCAGGUGCCCUCCAGGCAACAGCCGGCAGGAAGCCCCCAACCAGAGAUUCUGAAGGCUGUACCAGGUCCUGGGAAGGGAGGCUCCCGCCGGAAUGCUUGGGGAAAUCAGUCUUAUGCUGAACUCAUCAGCCAGGCCAUUGAAAGUGCCCCAGAGAAGCGACUGACUCUUGCCCAGAUCUAUGAGUGGAUGGUCCGCACUGUGCCCUACUUCAAGGACAAGGGUGACAGCAACAGCUCGGCAGGAUGGAAGAACUCAAUCCGCCACAACCUGUCCCUGCACAGCAAGUUCAUCAAGGUUCACAAUGAGGCAACUGGCAAGAGCUCUUGGUGGAUGCUGAAUCCUGAGGGAGGCAAGAGCAGCAAGGCACCUCGCUGCCGGGCAGCCUCCAUGGAUAGCAACAGCAAGAUGCUCCAGGGCCGGAGCAAGACCCCCAAGAAGAAACCAGGUGUUCUGCCAACUCCACCUGAAGGUAUUACUCAGACAAGCCCUCUUGGCCGCUUUGCCAAGUGGUUAGGCAGCCCCUGUUCCAGAAACUGUGAGAAAAUUGAUGUAUGGACCACUUUCCACCCACGAAGCAGUUCCAGUGUCAGCACCGUCAGCACUCAGCUGUCCCCCAUGUGGUCAGAGCCUGAGGUGCUAGUGGAAAAAGAAAUAACAGCCUCAGUCAGCAUCUGUGCAGAAGGUGUCCCUCCUACCCUAAAUGAGGAUCUAGAGCUGUUAGAUGGGCUCAAUCUCUCAUCUUCUACUUCCCUGUUAUCUCAGACUAGUCUCUCUGGCUUCACUUUUCAGCAUCCUGGGGUUACUGGCCCCUUACGUACUUGCAGUACCCCCCUCUUCAGCACAGCAGAAGGGCCCCUAUCAGUAGGAAAACAGUAUUUCUCAAGCUCCCAGUCUCUGGAGAGCCUACUCACCUCUGAAACACCACCCCCCGCUGCUGAAGUACUCACGACCCAGGAAGAUCCCAUUUUGUCCCAGGGAAUACCUUCCUCCAGUAAGAUAGCCACUGGAGUUGGCUUAUGUCCUAAAUCCCUAGAAACUCCAGGCCUCCAAUAUCUAGUCCCCUCCCUUUCCACAGUAGCACCACCUCUUGUCAUGGCAGGUGCUUCCAUCCCCAAGACCCUGGGUACUCCUGUACUCAUAUCCCGUACUGAAAUUGCACACCAAGACAGAAUGCCUCAGGAUCUAGAUCUUGAUAUGUAUAUGGAGAACCUGGAGUGUGACAUGGAUAACAUCAUCAGGGACCUCAUGGACGGGAACGAGGGACUGGACGUGAACUUUGAGUCAGGUACAGCCCUCCUUAAUCAUACUAGCAUCUCACAAUUUUCUGCUUACUCCUAA